CCUCUUCAGGUGAUCGAUCUGCCUGCUGGGACAAGCGGGCGGCUGGUCCUCGGAGCUGCUCUCCUGCAAAAUGUUCUCCAAAAGCAACCACUUGCUUAGGAAAUUCUCCACCACAGCCAGGGACUACUAUCAAAAUAAACUAAAGCUAGCUUUAAUAGGACAGAGCCUGUUUGGGCAAGAGGUCUACAAGCAUUUGCAAAAAGAAGGACACAAAGUGGUUGGAGUGUUCACAGUCCCGGAUAAAAAUGGGAAAGCGGAUCCAUUGGCCUCAGCUGCCGAAAGGGAUGGAACUCCAGUCUUCAAAUUCCCAAGGUGGAGAGUUAAAGGCAAACCUAUCCAGGAAGUUCUUGAAGCCUAUAACUCGGUUGGAGCAGAAUUGAAUGUCCUUCCAUUCUGCACACAGUUCAUUCCAAUGGAGGUUAUUGAUGGUCCAAAGCAUGGCUCUAUUAUUUACCACCCCUCAAUCCUUCCUCGCCACCGAGGAGCAUCUGCAAUCAAUUGGACUUUAAUUGAAGGAGACAAGAAGGCUGGAUUUUCGAUUUUUUGGGCAGAUGAAGGUUUGGACACAGGACCAAUUCUUCUGCAGAGGGAAUGCGAUGUUGGCCCAAAUGAAACUGUUGAUGACCUAUAUAAUCGGUUUCUUUUCCCAGAGGGAAUCAAAGCUAUGAUAGAAGCUGUGCAGCUAAUUGCUGAUGGCCAAGCUCUUCGAAUACCUCAGCCUGAAGAAGGUGCUACCUAUGAAGGCAUUCAGAAGAAAGAAAAUGCCAAGAUAUUUUGGGAUCAACCAGCUUUAUCUUUGCAUAACUGGAUCAGAGGACAUGAUAAAGUACCUGGAGCCUGGGCAGAAAUCAAUGGCCAGAUGGUUACUUUCUAUGGCUCAUCCAUUCUUGAUGGCUUGACACCUUCAGGUGAAGAACUGGAAAUACAAGGUGCUGCAAAACCUGGUCUGGUAACUGACAAAGGUCUGGUUCUGUUUGGCAAUGAUGGAAAGACGCUGCUAGUAAAGAAUCUUCAGUUGGAAGAUGGAAAAAUGAUCCCGGCAUCUAAAUACUUCUCCACUGAUGAGGCAGCUGCAAUAGAACUUACUGAAGAAGAGAAAAAAAUGGCAGAAGAUAUUAAGUCCAUUUGGAAGGGAAUUUUGAGCAACGUGGCUGAAAUUGAAGACACCACUGAUUUCUUUAAAGCUGGAGCAACAUCGAUGGAUGUGGUUAGGGUGAUUGAAGAGAUCAAGCAAAAAUGUGCUGGACUUGAACUUCAGAAUGAAGAUAUCUACAUGGCCCCCAAAUUUGGUGAUUUUGUUCAAAUGGCCGUCAGAAAGCACAGAGGAGAAGACAAGGAAGAAGAAUUAGAGAUAGAUUAUGUUUCAAAAUAUAUUAACCAUAUGACUAUAAAGAUGCCAUAUCAAUGUUUCAUCAAUGGAAGAUUUGUAAAUGCUGAAGGUGGAAACACAUAUGACUCUAUAAAUCCAACAGAUGGAUCAGUGAUUGCUAAAGUGUCACUGGCUACGGUGAGUGAUGUUGACAGAGCCGUGGCAGCAGCAAAAGAUGCCUUUGAAUACGGUGAAUGGGGAAAGAUGAAUGCAAGAGAAAGAGGACAAUUAAUGUACAG